CGGGUGGGUCGGGAGGGAGGUUACGGGGAUUGUUACUGUAUUGAUGCCUUCCCUUCAGUGCACGAAACCCACAGUUCUAAGGGAAUAACCCUUGUGUUCCCCUCUUCUUCUUCCACUUAUGAAUAAAUAUAUGAAGCGCUGGUUUCGGGGUACAGAUUGAGGGAGGAAUCGAGGAGGUGCCCAGACUGCCUGACUACCCAUAGGACUAUACAAGGGAGAUGACUGUGAGGGAUCGUUUCACGUCUAUUGUGCGAAUCCUUUAAUGCAGCCCCUUUUCCUCUCACGCCGAUCCCUAUAAGCCAAUGCCCCGGCAAAGCCGAUCCGCUCAUCCACUGGUGGCCGGUGCGCCCUUCCCCUGACUCCGCGGCGAUCUGCUCUGACAGCGGGCGACCAACAAGUAGAGGGGAUCCUGAUCGCAUCGCUCGGCCCGUUCCGCUGUGCAGAUUGGGGGAUCCGUAGGAGGCAGCGCUGCUGGAAGGACGCCUUGCUCAUUAGGCCACCCUGAAACAAAUGGAUGCAGUCACGAGCAGGAGUUUGAAAAGAAGGUUCGAAGAGGUAGAUGUUGGCUCUCCCAUCUCUACACCCAAAGAUUCUGAUGAUGAAAUCUCCAACAGCGAUAGCGCGGAAAGCUGUGACAGCAUCAAUGCACCGACCACCAAUGAGCUUAUGCCAACAUCCAUACUUAAGCGGCAGAAACAGCUCAGGCAGAAGAAUGUGCGCUUUGACCAGGUAACGGUUUACUACUUCUCCCGCCGCCAAGGUUUCACUAGUGUACCCAGCCAGGGCGGCAGCUCUCUGGGGAUGGCGCAGCACCACAACUCUGUGCGCAAGUACACGCUGUGUGAGUUUGCCGAGGAACAGGAAGUGUCCCACCGUGAAAUUCUACGUGAGCACUUAAAGGAGGAGAAGCUGCACACACGUAAAAUGAAGCUGACCAAGAAUGGCACUGUAGAAUCUGAAGAGGCGGAAGGCCUGACCCUAGAGGAUGUGUCAGACGAGGACAUAGAUGUAGAUAGUGUGGAAGUAGAUGAUUACUUUUUCCUUCAACCGCUACCAACCAAACGGCGCAGAGCUCUCCUCCGAGCAGCUGGGGUCCAUCGUAUAGAUGCAGAGGAGAAGCAGGAACUUAGAGCUAUUCGCCUUUCAAGGGAAGAAUGUGGAUGUGACUGCAGGCUGUAUUGUGAUCCAGAAGCUUGCCCUUGUAGUCAGGCUGGAAUCAAGUGCCAGGUGGAUCGAAUGUCCUUUCCAUGCGGCUGUUCUCGAGAUGGUUGCAGUAAUAUAGCUGGCCGUAUAGAAUUUAAUCCUAUCAGAGUACGAACUCAUUACCUUCACACAAUCAUGAAACUUGAACUGGAAAAGAAGCGCCAGCAGCCUAAAACACAACCAGUGGAGGAAGAAGUUCCUCAUGGCUCCAUCGUGGUUCCACCUCAUCAGGAAACACAGGACUUCCAAGAAUUCAUCGCCGAAAACUAUCACCUGGAGAAUGAGGCUGCCGUUCGACACUUGCAAAGCGCAGAGGAGCGCCAGAGGCUUUUGGAUGAGGGUGAUGAGGCCUCAAGUGGUUCUAGCCUCAGUUUGGACUCAACUGUGGAGGGUUUAGAAGUCUGUCUUUUGGAGACACCCAUGUCCCUAUCACCCUCUUCCUGUCAUGAUUCUGUCCUACUUUCUGCUGGCUCCUCUGUCCUCUGCUUCACUGACGAGGACUCAGGGAGACCAGCCACCCCUCCAGAAUACACAGAUGACAAUGUGGUAUCUAUUUAUGAUCACAACCACCCAGGCUUGGAAGCAGAGCCUAAGGUCACAGAAUCUGUCCACUCUGAGGCCACAGAGCCAAAUAGUUUAGUUAAGGUAGAAGCUGAAGAUUGCACAGUGCCCUCCUGUUUUGAGGAGGGACACACAGAGGCACUUAGUACCUCCCCAAGUAUAGCAGAGAAUUCCUCUGCAUCUGAUGCACAUACAGACAGGGUAACAAAAGCAUCAGUUUGCGAGGAGGGGGAACUGGAGGGGAAACCUGACAGCCAAACCAUUUGGCAAGGCCAACAUUUUCCUGCAGGAGGUACCCUGACUAUAUGACACACACUUUUUGGCAGCUAUUUUGCACAAGCCACUCCAACGUCCCCUUUAAUAACUUAGUAUCACAUUUAUGCUUCAUCUUACUUCCCCAAAGCACGCCCGUGAUUUUCUUUUUUAAAUUGGUUUUGCCUCCAUUCAAUAUAAAGGGUAUAUAUCCUUUAGGGCAGAAAAUAGGCGAUCUGAGUGUUUGGGGAUCUCUAAUACUGAGAUUUGUGCAUGAAUGAUCUUUGCAGGGUUGUAACCAUCUGACGUCUAAGGAACAUACUACAGCCAUGAAUCCUGUGUGGGCUAAAUCGGGAUCUAUUGGCAUCUUUUAGGGGUUUUGUUGCAAUAUUUUUGAAUGUCACAAGUUCUGGGUGUUCAGGUGGUAAUGCCAUCAGCCCUGCCCCCAGGAUUACAAAUCCACUGCAGAAGUAGUUUAACCGUCCAAAGAAGAGGAGGUUUCUCCUUGUAUCUGCAGUUUUUCUGUGCAUGCUUUUCCUAAGUUAAUUGGAUUUGACUUGUGUGGCUCCGUCACACUUUUUUGGUACACACAGGCCGUUGACGUAAGCAAUUGUGUUUAAUCUGUUGCCCAAGGCAGAUCAAACAGGCAGGCACAUACACUAUGGUGCUAA